GCGGGAGUUGGGGCGGCUGGAGGGCAGAUGACUCUAAGAAGGUGCGGAUCUUCGGUUCCAAGGGGAGAAUUUGACUUGGGUUUUGUCUAAAGUGCUGAUGGCGGGCCUCACAGAAAAGUUACCAUGAACCGACUUUCCGGAAUUCCCUUGGCGCUGCGGCCUCGUAGCAAAAGGAAACCGAGAGGAAGGCGACGACGAUUGGCCUGCGGUGAUGUUAGCGGAAAGUAUCUGUGAUUAGACCCUGGAGGGCGGGCCUGUGAGCGAUUGCUGUCCGCGGUGCUGAAGGAAAGGCUGCCACGCCUAGAGGAGAAAACCUGAUGAGGGCAGGGCGGUGUUUCCGUUUUCCUUGGCCGGGCUCAGCGCCCUACACUCAAUAGCCAUGGGCUUUCUAGCAGCGCUGGACACUUAGGCGGGCAAGCACCUUCAGCCUUUAAGCCCAACCAGAUGAUUUGCCUGCAAGUUGGAGGCCUUCAGCGCAUUUCACUAGACCUCUGUCUGUAUCGGUCCAGUUAGCCAAGCUUUGAUUAAGGAUGACUUCCUUGUUUGCUCAAGAAAUUCGCCUUUCUAAAAGACAUGAAGAAAUAGUAUCACAAAGAUUAAUGUUACUUCAACAAAUGGAGAAUAAAUUGGGCAAUCAACACACAGAAAAGGCAUCUCAGUUCCAAACAGUUGAGACUGCUUUUAAAAGGAAUCUUAGUCUUUUAAAGGAUAUAGAAGCAGCAGAAAAGUCACUGCAGACCAGGAUUCACCCAAUUCCACGGCCUGAGGUGGUUUCUCUUGAGACUCGUUACUGGGCAUCAGUAGAAGAAUAUAUUCCCAAAUGGGAACGGUUUCUUUUAGGAAAAGCACCAUAUCCUUUUGCUGUUGAAAAUCAAAAUGAAGCAGAAAAUACCAUUCAAAAUGAGGCAUAGCGAUAACUUCUUCCCAUGGUAUUUCGAAAAGCCUGUUUAAUACAGCUGGGUGUUAAGGAGUAUGUAGGUAAUUGCAGGAACUUUAGGAAUUAAAUAUGUUCAUAUUCUCCAUUAUGUCCUAAGUGACAGUGAAGAUACGAGAAUUUACUGGCAAGCCUCAUGUUAUCACCUAUUACCAUUUCAAGGUCCCGAAUUUGCUUUCUACCAAACCGAUAAAUGUGUUAAACACUAAUAUUAAAAAGUGGACUCUUUAUUAAUUAUUGUCAGUGUUGUGUGUAUGUGGUUUAAAAAAAUAAUUUCCAGUGUUUCUCCUCUAAGCAAGUAUCUUGGUUCUGGUUUUAAGCUUUUUAGAAUCCUUAUUUUUAGUUAUUUUAUCUUGGGGACAAGGUAUAGGAUCAAUGUGAUUUUUUUUUUUUUUUACUGUUAUUGUUUCUUUUAACAAAUGAAAAGACAAUGACACCUAAACUGCUUUAGUAAAAUAACUUAUGAGAAAAUAAACUCAUAGGAUUUUGUGCCUCACAGAUAACCAAACCUCUAAAAGUUCUGGAGACAGAAAGAACUGAACUAUAAAGCAAGUCAGUAAGUAGCCAGUUUGAGAAAGGCUCAGACAUGGUUUUGAAAAAGGAUACAUUUUAGAGCUAGGUAUGCUUAUUGGAUUUUUGACUUUUUUAUGUAAGGAUUGCCAACAUUGUGAAUGCAAACAAUCCCGCUUUUGUCUUUUCAUCUUUAAACUUCCCCUUCCCCUCUCUUCUAGUUUCAUUAUUCCUGAAAAAAAACUUCAGUCAGAAAGCUUUGGGUCACAACCCUAAACAACUCUGAGAUAACUCAGUCCACCACUGCUUGAGCACUAAAAAAAAAAAAAAAAAAAAAUUGUAACUUUCUAACUAUAGAGGCAGCCUCUGCUUAGACUAUGCUGUAUGACAGUGAAAUGUUUUCAAUUGCAAAUUGGUAUAUGUUUUUAAAAGAAGACAAUAGGAAAAGCUAAAUACACAGCAGCAACAACAACUAUACUGAAAUAUCCAUUGUGCAGAUAAGUUCCUUUAAACUACCAUCUUGGAAAUAUCCUGUUGAGUGGGUGUUGGUGUGGGUAACAAUAAUGUUGUUUUCAUAAUAUGUGCUGGCAGAUUAGCACACUUCUCUACAGUGUUAACAGUUGUAAUUAAGGAAUAAACAGCACAGGGUGUCAGUCCGAUGACAAUUUCAUCUAUAGUGUCACAAUACAAAAUGUCACAAAAUAUUAGAACUGUUAUAUAACUAUAAAAAGUAUCGGCUUAAAAGCUGAAAGCCUUUGAAAAAAGAAGACAGAGGAAGGAAGAAAAAA